AUGCUACAGGAAGAGGCAAACAGGGAGGUCAGCGCGUAUAACGACGUGGCGGUUCUUAUUGGAUACACUGCCGCUGGAGACCACUCGGUGGCUGAGUUGGGCGAGCGGCAAUGCGUGUUAUUGGGCUUCAUUAACAUUUUCAUGUCCCUCCUGAAGCAUAUGAAUUGGAUUACGGAGUUGCCCCCUCUACAGGAGAAACGAGAUCAGACUACGUUUUUGGUUUGGCCGUUCCGCAUGUUCUUCUUUGUUGGGGCCUUGGGAUCUGUUCAACAGGUCAUGAUUGUUUGUGUGUCCACACUUGGAGGCUGUUUCUUCCAAGCCAGUCCACGACCGACAUCCGCAGGCCGGCAUCGUGAGCCGUGGGACCCGGUCGAGGUGAGGUUGUCGGGGGUGGAAGCGUUCCUCGAGUCGGCCGGUGGACGGUGUCUUGCAAAGCAAUCUUGCCUCUUAUUUUUUGGUCAGCAAGACGCAGAAUCUCACUGUGUUAAUGAAGACAAGUCCAAUGAGACAAUUAGGCACUCGGUGAACCCUCGGCCGGCAACCACACCGAUUGACAAGAAAACUUCUCCAAAUCUCGCGGGGGGUCUAGUGGGUUUCUCUGCCUCCCGUUGCCCCUCCUUUGGUGCCAUUUGCCCCGCAAAAGCUCUCACCUCACCAGCACCUCACCUCGCAUGA